CAUCCUCCAUCCUCUUCUGGCCCGAACAGCAACUACUGAGCUCGAUUCCCCACAUACUGAUCCGGCGGAGAUGAAAUAAGCACAAAGGAUGUGUCGUUGACUCUACAUGAUAAUGAAGAUCCUUCUGACGGCGAGGGAGGUCUCAGAGAACUCCCGUCAGGCUCUCCUGGUGGUACUAUAUAGAUCCUAGUCAGGGCAUCCCGCGUGGAAGCAAACAACCUAGUUAAACGUUGCAUUACAGCCGAGCGUUGGACAAGAUACUGCAGGAUUCAUGUCAGCAAUUGUCAAAGUGAGAUGGCACUCCCAAUGCAGGUCCUUUUGUUGUUCUUACAAAGGACCUUUAUAUAUAAGAACGGUUCAACCACAGAUCUCACACUCGCACAAGAUAACCUUCGGGCGCUUGCUGUGACAAUGGCAAACACCGUGACAUUGCGUAAUAUCACGCUCGUUCUGGAGCGGCUAGGUCUACCUCCACCCACGGAACAGAUGCUGGUCCCAGAUCGGAUGCGCACACAAGUACCAUCUCAGCUCGGCAAAGACACAGAUGAGGACAAGCUCAUCCGCACUGUCACCUACUAUCGCAAGGAGUACGAGCGCCUUCUGGCCUGGUUCGAUCCUGACGAAACCGCAUGGAUCCGUUCGGCUUUGAGCGAACCGUUUGCCUCACCCGCCACUGCGAAGGUUCUCGGCGACCUCCCAGUCGAGGUUAUCUCCCAGAUUCUUGGCUACCUCGAUAUCGCCUCGAUCUUCCGCUUCCGGCAGGUCAAUCGACAGGCCCGUGGGGUGGUCAGCAAGUUUCCCUUAUACCGCGCCAUCCUAAAGUACGGCAUGAACACCAUCCUGUUUGUGCUCAAGACGGGGACGGCGAGGUGGUUCACCCUGGAGGGUGUCAGGACGGCGAUUUCCGCUGAGACUUGUUUUCUGUGUGACCGAUUUGCGGGCUUUCUCUUCGUCCUGCGUUUGAAGCGGAUCUGCUUUGAGUGCUUGGAGAAGGACAAUUACCAUGACCUGCGACAGGCGCCUUGCGAAGCCGUGAAUCCGGAUCCUAGAGUCUGUUUUAGGACCGUUCCUGGCGUGUACGGUAAACCCUACCCGUUGAACUACGCUGGCAGAGGCAGAUACAUCAGCUUGGACCUCCAUCCAAGUUAUUACUGCUCUGACAGAUGCAACCAUGACAUCAUCAGCGAUAAUUACCGCUACAUGGCGGCGAUAGCACAGCCGGUCGUCAAUUUCACGAACGGUCCGGUGCCUCGAGUCUGGGCGGGGGUGUCGUGCAUUGGCUACCAAAUUGCGUACGAGACGCCGGGUGCCCGGAGAAUGACGGCACUUAACGGGAAGGUCUCCAUCGACCAGGUCCGUGACCGCGGCUACUCCCGGAACGGGUACAUGGAGCAUUUCAAGUGGUGCUCUUUUGCCCAGCGGCUGUGGCAGGACAGUCAGGGCGGGACUGUCCCCGUUCAAGUGCCCGACUGGGACGCACCCUGAGUCCCCCGGGUGAGGUAGGACCUACGCUGCUUAUGGGGGAGCAGCUGUCCGGUACUUGAAGCUAAGCCCAUAAACUCAUGAGGGGGCAUGUGAACCCACUUCACUGAGGGUGUUUGAUACUGAGUGUUGGGGUCAACACUGGAUACUACUAAUAAGAUAGGUAAGCAAUUGAGUACGGUUUUUGAACGUCCAGUUUGAUGACUCUAUUGGUCCACACCGUGACACCGACGCCAUUUGCUGCUAGCAGCUCCUAUUUAAGAGUCAUCUCCCGUCACCAGCUUUCAGGGGUGCGAUGUAAACACAGUGAUGAAAACCAGAGAGGCGUGCAGAGAGAUGUAAAGUUUUAGUAAAGUUUAGCUCAAAGGAUGGUGUUGGCUUGAUAUAC